AUGGCAUGCCGCAUAGCACACCUUAACUUGGAAAGCCUCAAACAAUAUCUGGUCCGAACAGUUGAGCUCUUUCCUCAAGAAGUGCUACAAGCGCUGCCGUCAGUUACCGGAGCUUGUGACGUAACCCGUUACACGAAAUGGGUCAGUGACUCAAUGGCAAAGGUAUUCGCUGGGGCAUCGGCCAUGAAUUAUGGGAACCUGCUGCCAGCUAUCGGUUCGGCGGGGAAAUGUAAUGAACCCUGA